CGCGGUCACCUGCGCGGCGCCGUCGCCCUUGCGCUCCGGCUGCCGGGUCCGCGGCCGGCGGACUUUGCGGAGGGCGCCCGGCGUAGGCGGCGGCGAGUGUGGGCCGAGCCGGUAUUUAUAGCUCGGUGACAGCAGCGGCGGCAGCGACGCUGCCAGCCCGUCUCGCCGCGCUUCCAAGCGAGGCCGCCGGCGCGGCGGAGGGCUGUGCUCGCCCGGGUCUCCGGUGUUGCAGACACCCCGCGCCCGCGCGGCCCCAUCCGGAAAAUACAGAACAACACUUUUGCAUGAUCUUCCUUGAAUUGGCCUCAAAUUAUCGUGACCUCUCUCAAGAUACCUCAAAGGCUCUGUGUGCCAGCCACCCAGAACUGCAGACGCACCUCCCUACCAGAAGGUCAACAACAGAAUUGAAGUUUUGAAGGAUGGGUAAAGACUUUCGUUAUUAUUUCCAGCAUCCCUGGUCUCGCAUGAUUGUGGCUUACUUGGUGAUCUUCUUUAACUUCUUAAUAUUUGCGGAGGACCCAGUUUCUCAUAGCCAAACAGAAGCCAAUGUUAUUGUUGUUGGAAACUGUUUUUCGUUUGUAACAAAUAAAUACCCUAGAGAAGUUGGCUGGAGGAUUCUGAAGGUGCUUCUAUGGCUACUGGCCAUUCUCAUAGGACUAAUAGCUGGCAAAUUUCUGUUCCAUCAACGUUUGUUUGGUCAGUUGCUCCGGUUAAAAAUGUUUCGAGAGGAUCAUGGGUCAUGGAUGACAAUGUUCUUCAGCACAAUUCUGUUUCUCUUCAUAUUUUCUCACAUAUACAACACGAUUCUUCUAAUGGAUGGGAACAUGGGAGCAUAUAUCAUUACAGACUAUAUGGGCAUCCGAAAUGAAAGUUUCAUGAAAUUAGCUGCAGUAGGGACCUGGAUGGGGGACUUUGUCACAGCCUGGAUGAAUUCUCAUCAUGAAGUGAAUAUCAAUGAUGAAGGUGACUGUCAUGGAAAAGUCACUGAUAUGAUGCUUCAGGACAAACCCUAUCCUGAUUGGGGAAAAUCUGCAAGAGCUUUCUGGAAGAAAGGAAAUGUUAGGAUCAUUUUAUUCUGGACGGUUCUCUUUACUCUGACUUCCGUGGUUGUACUUGUCAUUACAACUGACUGGAUCAGCUGGGACAAGCUGAAUCGGGGUUUUUUGCCCAGUGAUGAAGUUUCCAGAGCAUUCCUGGCUUCUUUUAUCUUGGUCUUUGACCUCCUUAUUGUAAUGCAGGACUGGGAAUUCCCACAUUUUAUGGGAGAUGUUGAUGUAAAUCUUCCUGGGUUGCACACUCCUCACAUGCAGUUCAAGAUUCCUUUCUUCCAAAAGAUCUUCAAGGAGGAGUAUCGUAUUCACAUAACAGGUAAAUGGUUUAACUACGGAAUUAUCUUUCUCGUCUUAAUUUUGGAUCUUAAUAUGUGGAAGAACCAAAUAUUUUAUAAGCCUCAUGAAUACGGACAGUACAUUGGCCCAGGGCAGAAGAUAUACACAGUGAAAGACUCAGAAAGUUUAAAGGAUUUGAACAGAACCAAACUUUCCUGGGAAUGGAGGUCCAAUCACACUAACCCUCAGACUAACAAAACCUAUGUUGAGGGAGAUAUGUUCUUACACAGCAGGUUCAUAGGGGCUAGCCUUGAUGUCAAGUGUCUGGCUUUUGUUCCAAGUUUAAUAGCUUUUGUGUGGUUUGGAUUCUUCAUUUGGUUCUUUGGACGGUUUCUGAAAAAUGAGCAAGGCAUGGAGAAUCAAGACAAAACUUACACUCGCAUGAAAAGAAAAUCACCGUCAGAACACAGCAAGGACAUGGGAAUCACUCGAGAAAACACGCAGGCCUCAGUGGAAGACCCACUGAGCGACCCUCCCUUGGUCUGCAUCAGAUCCGACUUCAACGAGAUUGUCUACAAGUCUUCCCACCUCACGUCGGAAAACUUGAGCUCGCACUUGAAUGAAUCUACCAGUGCGACAGAAGCUGAUCCAGACCCAACGACUUCUAAAAGUACGCCUACGAACUAGAUUCCCUUACUUGGAGAUAGCACAAAAAAGCAAACUUGAGUGUAACUUUAAAAAAGUUAGUCUUUCCUUUUGUAAAUGUAAGGUUUACGUAGUGUUAGGUAAAGAAACACGAACAAUGCUACAACGGUGCUCAACAUGCUUUUUCUAGGACUCAUUGUUUUCUAUUUGUAUUAUAAUACACGUGCCUACUGUAUAUCUAACGUCCUCUAGAGAUUGCUUUUCACAAUUGCACAAGCUAUUUACUGACUUUACAGCAUAGUAGACGAUUAGCUGAUUACCCGUGUAUCUGAUGUUCAACCAUAGUGGUGCCUUGAGACAUUAAACUGUUUUUAACUGUACCAGAACUGAAGUGUGUAACAGUCCUCAAACCUACUUCACAUGGGUUUUUUUUGUAUACAAUUAUUUUGAUCUACAUUUGAUGUCUUAGCAGGAAACAGAUAUAGUCGUGAUGUGGCUUAGGAAGUAUCUCUUGUUUCCUAUUCAGCAGUGGAGUUGGUGACUUUGACAGCAGGAUUGCACAGAGGCCUGCUGAUAACCUUUGAAUUUGUUUUGGCUAUCUGCCAAAUACAAAUACAGAUUCGAAAUUCAGUAUGAGGAGAACGAUAAUCCAGCAUGGGUCACUACCUGUGAAAUGUGGCUUUCUCCAACCAGUAAUUGCAAUUAGAUGAUAAUACCUAAUUAUGUUUUCCUAAUUAAAGAUAAAUUGCUACUUGAUUAAAUAUCCUGCCCUUCACCUAUGGGAACAAAGGUUAAGAGGCACAGUUGGGUGAACUCUCAAAUUUAUUGGCAUUUACACAAAGCGCUAGAAAGCCCAAGGGACUGAAGUUUUAAUCAUGUGAGAGUUGUACUAUCUGCAAUAUUUGUACAUCUUUCUGUAAAUAUGGCUCUGGACAAUGAAAAUUGAAAAACAUAUGCCAACCUUGAAUAAGGGAACUCCUCUAAAAAUCAUGCAGCAGAACCUUGUGAGGUAGAAAAAGAUGUGCAUGAAAGAAUCUAUUCAAGUAGCUUGUUUUGUGUGUGCAUUUUUUUAAAGAAUUAAACAUCAUGCAUUAAUAAAUAUAAAUUAUAUAUCAA